GUACCUGCUUCACUGACUCCUGCGUCUUCCACGUCCUGAAAUCCGGUCGACCGGUUCAGAAAAGCAUGCGACAACUGAAAGAGGGGGAUAUGCUGCACACUGGAUCUCCGGUGAGGGAAGAGCAGUUCCGGCGAGUGACCCGGAUCUGGCAGUGUCCUACACUAGGCGAAUCUGCCACGGUCGAAGUGAUCCCCGGUUGCCGGCUCACAACCGGGCAUCCCGUGAAGAUGGGUGGGACGUGGCGGCGGCCAGAGAGCUGUGGUGAGGUCGAGCUGACCCACGAGAGACAAGUCUACACGAUUGAGCUCGAAGGCCAUGUCGACACUGUCCUGGUCGGCCGAAGCAUGCAGGAGGCCGUCGUCGUGGCAGCCCUGGGGGUUUACUGCGGAGAGAGCUUCGGGUGGAACCUCUUCACUCGGAAGACACGCCCAUGUGAGCAGCCCAACUGCGCCAAGUGCGCCGUGGCCGUGGUUCCAUCCCUUGAUUUCCGAAACGUCACUUCAGACAUGAUGGCGGUGCGGUAUCCCCCCUACUAG